GAUUGGACGGAUCAAAGAGGCAGCGCAGUUUCCACAAUCCCAUCUGUGUGCUCACAAGCUGAAAGAGCCGGUGGGAUUGUUUUGAGUGAGGAGGCCUUGGCUUGGUCACAUGAGCCUCUGAGCCCAGAUCUGGGUCAGUCCCUCCUCCCUCGCUGUAAGUGAAUGUGAAGACGCAGAGUGACAGAAAACAGAUUUAAAACGCGGAGCUGCCGUCGCUAUCUGGAGACAAACGUCUGAAAACUGACCUGAGUUCACAUCCAAUCAGAGAGACUGGCUUCAUGAUCAGGAUGUCCCUGUAAUCACAUCACAGCUUGAUUUGUACAUAACCAUGCAAGGAUUUCACAAUACAUUCGAUUUCAGCUCAGUGUUGAGGGAGGAAAGGAGGUUUUAGUGUGCUGGUUGAACUGGCUGACCGCUCACAGCAGCAGAUAUCUCUAACCCCGUGUUCUCCUGCUGUCCACAACAUGAAGGUGACUCAGCUCAUUUGUUCUCUUCUAUGUUUAGCUGCGUCUAUUUUAAAAGCUGUGAAACAACUGAGGCUGCCCAAAGAGUGAAGCCGCUUCACACCAAGUCACUUCUCUCCCAGUCAGCUCCAGGACUUCUGAAGACGUCCGAAUCCCUCGUGUGUCUUCCACGGUGGACAUUUUCUUGAGCGUCGCUGUCAGAACAGAGUAAUGUCAGCGCUCAGCAGCGACGCAGGGGAUGGCAGCAGCUGUGACCGUGCAGACGAAAGACAUCUGCCAUGUUCAGCCUCUGGACUCGUCUCGGCUAAAUUAACUAUCGUGGUGGGAGACACGCACUUCUCUGAGGAGAAGAUGUUACUUGUUCAAAGUUGUGACUAUUUCCAAGCUCUGUAUCGUUCUGGGAUGAAAGAGUGUUGGCAGGAAGAAAUCCACCUCAAGUCUCUGCGUGCUCGAGGAUUCCUUAUUGCUUUGGCGGUUUUACGAGGUGAGAUGCCCGCCCUGGACGGGGACGACAUUGUCGAGGCCAUCGAAUGUGCCGCUUUCUUGCAGGUGGCGCCGCUCACUAAGCAUCUCAUUAACAUCGUUGACUCUGACAACUGUUUGCUGAUGUGUCACACCGCUGCAACCUUCGGCCUCAUGGACCUUUAUCACGCUGCUGCGCUGUUUAUCCGAAACAUGUACGCCGACCUGGAGGCAGAGGUCAGGAAAACCUUUCCGACCGAGCUGAUCUCCUACGUGGAAUCUUUGAGGCCGAGUGUUUUCGUGGCUGUGGGGGCUCAUGUGACCUGCGGUGUGGAUGAAACCGUCCACGCUGCCUGCAGGACGAUCUGCUACCUGGAUGAAACGGGCAAUAACUGGAAAGUAUUAGCAGAUCUUCCACUGCAGGCCAGCACGUCCAUGGCAGGAGUGGCUGUUUUAGACAACAAACUCUACAUAGUCGGAGGAGUUCAUGGAAUUCAUAAACGAGUCGUGGAUUCUUGUUUCUGCUACAGCGUUGAAAGCAACAGAUGGAGCAGGAUCUCCAGCCCAUCACAGCUGCGAUACAAUCUGAGCCUUGUGGGCGUAGAUGGUCACCUUUACGCCAUCGGUGGAGAGUACGAGCGAACGGUGAUGUCAAGUGUGGAAACAUAUGAUGUAACUUCAGGAAAGUGGGGGUUUGCUGCUCACUUACCUCGACCAGCAGCGGGAGCAGCGUGCACCAAAGCCAUGAGCAGGAUAUUUGUGUGCUUGUGGAGGCCAAUGGAGACCACAGAGAUCUACGAGUAUGUCCCAAGACGAGACGAGUGGCAGCUUGUUAGCACCCUGACCAGGCACCAAAGCUAUGGCCACUGCAUGGUCGGCCACAGGGACAGCCUGUACAUAAUAAGAAACGGGCCGUCCGACGACUUCCUGAGAUGCCUGAUGGAUUGCUACAAUCUGACCUCAGGCCAGUGGUCGUCUCUGUCCGGACACUUCGCCAACAGCAAGGGUUCGCUGUUCACGGCGGUGGUGAGAGGCGACUCUGCUUUUACAGUCAACAGGAGCAUGACUCUGGAGUACGCCAUUGACGGUAAAACAUGGAAGCCCCGACGACAGAUGAAGGGUUUCCCCAGAAGUGGGUCUGUGUGGACCUUUCUACUCCAGCUGCCAGACGCUCUCAGGCAUCAGUAAUUGCUUCAUUUGCUCUGGGAUGAAUUGGACUGUCAACAUCUGAGCUAUUUGUUGAGCUCUGGAAACACUGUAUUAUGAAGUCAGUAAAGGAACAGGUCAGUCUGUUUCCCCUGUGAAUAACAUUUCCCACGCUGCUGCACCUUUGGGGUGGCGGUUGAGGUAGGGUUUGGUUUAAAAUUAGGGGAGAGUGAAACACAGAUCGAUGGGGAAACAGACUUAAACACAACAGAGGCCACAUUUACUUGCGAUGAUACAUUUUGGUUUACACUCAGCCGCGUGUCUCUCUUGGCCAGAUCAUAAAUCCGAAGACCAUGCAACGCGGCCAGGCUUGGUUUUCCCAGGCUACAUGCAAAUCAGGGUCAGUCCAUCACCACCACCCUCUACGCUGGCCAAGAUGACUCACGUAACUUCAGCUGCCUUCUUAGCACACAGAACAGAUCCUGUGAUUGAUUACUAACGCAGUUACAGCUGCUGUAAGGAGCAAAGAUUGUGUUCAUCUGAAACUACCUCCCCAGCCUCUGUUUCCUCUUGGCACUGAGCGAUGAUGUCGAUGGAGGUGAACGGCAGGCAGAGCCAGGCACCACGGGCAGCCGGGCGGGACGCCAGCAGCAGGCAGCGAUGCUAAAUCUGACCCAGUAAUAAAGAGAGGGAGGCCAGGGUCAGGCCAGGACACAGAGCUCGGGCCGACGCCCUCUGCAACCUCCAGAGCUUUGACUCAGUGAUGGAUGAGCGUCUGACUGUGGACAUUAAUCAGGUUAUCAGAGUCUGACCACUUGAUGUGAGUCUCCGCCAUAAGCUUCGCUGUCAUUUCAAAUGAUCUGCAUUUGUUAGACCUGUUGUGCUGCACUUUGUUUAGUUCAGGUUUUUCUUCAAAAUCAAAGUGCUAUUGUUGCCAUACUGGAUCCGUGUUUUUCAUUGGCUUUGAGCUAACUCUUUCUGUACGUCAGAUGGUAACAUUUAAAUAUUGUACAUUGUUACUCACAAAUGAAAAUAAGUAAAUGUUA